AUGCAUCACUUUGCCGAUAAAGACAACGAGUAUCGACGAAUUCGGGUAGGCGAGCUCCUUGCCGACUUCAGGGACCUUCAAACCUGGAUCGCAGAGGCUCCCGACACGCCCGACGACAUGGACGAUUACUACUCGGAAGGAUGGGCGGCCCUGCGUCAGUGCGCACUUGACGGCCACCAUAUCCUCAACUGCGGUGCCGACACCAGCGUGCCUCAAGUCAGGGGCGGACAGGAGGAGCAGGAAAAGGCCGAGCUGCUACAGAAUCAUCUUGAUGCCUUUUCCCGCAGGCACGAGUCACACAAGAUAUGGCUACGUCAGGGCGCCGCGCAGAGAUGGGUUGCUGCGCGCUUCCAAAUACUUCAGGGCCGGAGGCCACACGCGAGACAUUCGGCGCAACUCAAAGCCUGUGACCGUGCAUUACGCAGGGAGUACGAAACCAUCACUGAUGAGGCAGUCUAUAACCAGCUUCAGGCCUCCGAUAUUGAGCUAGGCCGUUGGACGGGCGAGGACCCAAGCCUGCGAGCCGUGCAGCGUUGGCUGCGGUCCCGACGUCGUGCUUGA